AUGGUUCGACGUGUGGCAGUAGUUGGAGCAGGCAGUUCUGGUUUGGCCUGUAUCAAGAUCUGUGUGGAUGAGGGGCUCGAGCCUGUCUGCUUUGAAAGCAGUGAUGACAUUGGCGGCUUGUGGAAUUUUAGAGAGACACCUGAGCUAGAGCGAACCAGCAUCUACCGGUCCUUGGUGGUCAAUACCUCCAAAGAAAUGAUGUGCUUCAGUGAUUUUCCAAUGCCGUCUGACUAUCCCAACUUCAUGCAUAACUCACAGCUUCUGCAGUACUUCAGGCUCUAUGCUGAACACUUUGACCUGCUUAGAUACAUUAACUUUCAGACCACAGUGAGGAGUGUUUUGCAAAGACCGGAUUUCUCUCUAUCCGGCCAAUGGGAAGUAGUGACCAUAAACAAGAACGGACAGGAAGAGAGGCACAUCUUUGAUGCCGUUCUGGUGUGCUCAGGUCACUACACCCAUCCAACAUUACCAUUGUCUGACUUUCAAGGGCAUGAAACCUUUUCUGGCAGGUGUCUUCACAGCUGGGAAUAUAAAGAUGCAGAUGCCUUCACAGGAAAAAGGGUGGUGGUGGUCGGCAUUGGCAAUUCUGGAGGUGAUAUUGCUGUGGAGAUUAGCAGAUCGGCCGAGAAGACCUUUCUCAGUACACGUCAAGGGGCCUGGGUGAUGGGCAGGAUGUCCACCAAUGGCGUUCCUCUCGACAUGGCAGUAAUCAAACGGAUCAACAAUGUCCUCUUCCAAUUGCUCCCCAAGACUUUGGUCAACUGGGCAGCAGAGAGAGCACUGAACAAUAAAUAUGACCACAUAUUGUAUGGUCUAAAACCCAAACACAGACUUAUGGAGAGAAAGCCUAUGAUCAAUGACGAUCUCCCAGGCCGAAUCCUUCAGGGAGCAAUAGUCAUGAAGCACAAUCUGGAAGGGUUCAAGGACUCUAGAGUUGUAUUUGAAGAUGGCACGGUGGAGGAGAACAUUGAUGCCGUGGUAUUUUGCACAGGUUACACUGGAAAGUUCCCAUUCCUACCAUCAACUCUGUCAGAGGGACCAUUUGAAGAGGUGACACUGUACAAGAGAGUGUUUCCUCCAUCCCUGCAUCCUCCCACACUGGCCGUCAUGGGACUUUUCCAAGUAAAAGGUCCAAUCAUGCCUACAGUGGAAAUGCAGGCUCGCUGGGCUGUUAAGGUCUUUUUAGGUCAGAGUCGUCUUCCAACCAAAGAGAAAAUGCUGGAUGUUAUUGAGUCUGAGAGGAGGAGAAACAUGCAAAGCUAUCCUUGUCCACGGCAGGCUGUUCUACAGGUUGAUUACAUCCCAUAUCUGGAUUUUAUGGCUGGGGAAGUAGGUGUUCGACCAAAACUCCUGAGGCUUUUUCUGAGAGACCAUGUGCUCUGGGCAAAGGUCUUCUUUGGUCCCUGCACACCUUAUCAAUAUCGUCUUAGUGGGCCUGGAAACUGGUCUGGUGCCAGACAAGCUAUCUUCACUCAGUGGGAGCGGGUUGCUCAACCAUUCAGAACCAGAGAAAUACCAGACAACACCAGUAAAUUUGGCUUGUAUUCUCCACUGAUGCUCACAUUCACAGGAACUAUAAUAAUAGUCGUGCUUUUUUCUAAAGGCAAGAUCGUUACGACCCUGGAAGCUGCUACUGAGAUGCUGAACAAAAGCACAGUUUUUCUGAGGAAGUUGUGGUUCAGCUUACCACAGAAUCCUGAUAUGUAA